AUGUCGACAAUAUCGCGGACGGUCCAUUUGCUGGUGAUGGGACGAUGCGCGCGAUUCACCUCGUUGAGACGCCUCUCCGACAUCGACUACUCGAAGGAGAAGCCCACGCCGUGGCAACUCGAGCAUAUUCAAACGAGGCUCAUCGACACAACACCGCAUUUCUUCCGACAACGAAUCGACUACACUUUCUACCAUCGAGAUGUCGUGCUGGAGAAUCAAAUCAUCGGGAGAACGAUUCGAGGACGGGACAUGAUGAUGCACCAUUUUGGAUUCUUCUCAGUAAUGCUAAAGAUGGCAUGUCCGCAUAUUGAGAUGGAAUGCGUCGAUUGUCAUCCACAAAUCGAGGACGGCACGGUGCGUCUGCGAUGGAGGAUCAAGUACGUGUCGUGGCUGCGAUUGGCCUUCAACCCGCUGCUCUUUCGCUUCAACUACCGAUUGAAGAACCUCAGCUGGUACGAUGGAUACUCGGUGCUGGAUGUGGAUGGAAAUGGCGAUGUUUACAAGAUGACAGUCCAAAAGAGUCGCCGCGAUGAAAGCUAUCUGCUGAAAGGAGCCGAGAAUUUAAAGAAAACUCUGGAGAAAGCAGUCGUCCCGAAGCCAGCCAGCACAGUCAACUCGACGAAAGACGAAUCGCAGAAGAGA